AAGAGUGAACACUCGGGCACAGGAAACAACUAGUUUGUAGAAUAAUAAGUUCAUCAGGCAGCAUUCGAUGUGGUGUUUUCAGUGUCAGCUUGAUAAAUACGUGUUAGAAUUGAUAAUCUGACACGAUUUUCGUUGCCUGUCUAGACCAUGCUUUUAUCACAAUGAGUGACAAUGGUGUAAGCACUUCGAACGCGUCUCGGUCGUAUUACGUAUCGUGUUGUUUCGUCAAUGCUGCAUUGCUUUGCUCCCUCGCCCUCAUCUCAAUAGUGGGAAUGUGUGUGUGGCCUAGUACCUCAACGGACCAGAGUCCCACCUCCAGUGAAUAUAACGUGAAUUCAAGUCACAUCAUUGUCAUCACAUCAAGGGGGGGAAGUACGGAUGCUCAGGUGAUCCAUCAGAUUAGCCAAAUUAUCGAGAGAACGCGAACUCUCGAGCAUCUUGGAUUCUGCCCCUACUUGAAACUUUGUCACUUUUCGACGGGAGUUUCACUCCAGAGUAGUGCCAGCGUGAUCUUAUUUUUGGAUCAAAGGCUGUCGUCUUCAUUGUCGGCCUCCUCCCUCUCCACUUCGUCAAACUUGUCCUGGGGGUUCGAUCAAUCAGGCACGAACACGAGUGAACAGCGACAGAGGUCGAGCACUUUCUGGACGACAAAGCCAAGCACGGCUACCAAUACCGAUCAAAGGGGCAAACUUUUACGCCCCGGAUCAUCCUCGACGCCUCUGAGGGGACUCCUCGUCCUUGAACCGUUUUAUGAUCACCCUCUGGAUAGUGCCAAUAAUGAGGAACAUAGUAAAAGUUUUCUCGAAGGACCGUAUAAUUUCACCAUCUCGUACAAUCCCAUUGCUACAAUAAAUCUAAAUGAGGUGAUCCGUCUGGCAAACACCAACGACCCCACAAAAGGGAACAGCUCAAUUUUACUACAAUCCACCUCGACACCCCUCUCCAUCUCGUCCCAAGGGGUAAAAGCUCAACAGAAAGGAACAUUGAGUCCUACAAAUGAAGGGAGCACCAAUAAUGGUAAUAAUCGAGACCAUUUGUCAGCAAUUGACAACGAAAGCCAAAAUCUUAAACGCAGAGCCAGUAUUGCGACCAUUUUAGACACGUGCCACACUCCCAGUAAUAGGGAGGGAUACAUUCAAGAGCUAAGUCAAUACGUAACAGUCGACGUUUACGGGAAAUGCGGCCGUCCAUGUCCAAGCUCGACACGUGAGGAGUGUCUCGUCUACUUGGAGCGGCUGAAUCAGUACUUGUUCAUCUUGGUCUUUGAGAAACACCUCUGCCAACAUUAUCAGAGUGAAUUAUUGUGGCAAGUUUUGGAGUUAACCACACUGAUCCCGAUCACCUUCAGCGGGGUCGAUCAUUUUCACACCUUACCCAAAUUCUCGUUCAUCGACGCCCUCAGCCAGCCCCCUCGAGCAUUAGCCCAACAUAUCCAAUUCCUGGAGAUUCAGCCCCAACAUUUGCAACGCUAUCAACAAUGGCGACAAAAGAUACUACUGGCCCAUGUUGAUUGGCAAUGUCAAUUGUGCCGACAUUUGAUCUCAGGGACACUGCAAUCUAUCUCAGAAGUCUCUGCUCCCCUUCUGCCGCAAGCUCGAUGUACCAAGUGGCCUCAACUUCAGUUCAAAAGGCGACGACGAAAACGAUGGACACGAGAAAAAAAGAAAGUUUGAAAACAAUCAGAGGCCGAACUUACCCGUGUAGAGUUUCUCCGCCACACCUCCAUCUUGGCCAGGACCAGUGAGCCCAUCGCGAUUCUCCUUGUCUUUGAGUUUAUUCAGUUUUUCUUGCUUUUUUAACUGCUUCUUUUCGCGCUUGGAAAGCUUUCGCUUGAAACUCGAAUCUUCAUUGCUUGGUUCUGGCAUUCUGCUGGCCUCGUCGAUUCGUCUCAGCAGGAAUCGUCCUUCUCUGUCAUCCUUAUGCCAGUUCAAUUGCACCAAUAGAGGCUUUUCUUCGGGAUUGAGUCGUCGCUCACCAGAUUCGUGGAUUUCAUAAAGGGCAUAUUCUGGCACUUCCAACAUUUUCAUGUCGGGGCGAAAUUUCUCAAUCAGGGUCUCGAUGAUGGCCUUAGUCGUGGCAGUGGAAGAGACGCGAAUGCAUUUAGUGGCCACCUUUUGACCCGUGUCAUCUUUGUCCUGAGACUGGAAAGAGAAAUAUGUCAUUGCGAGGAUUUGAUCUUCAAUCACGAUGUCGCUCUUAAUCGAAGAUGUUUUUGCCAUUCAUGUAGACCUUGUAGGAUCAAAAACAGCAGUACUUCGAAUAUAUGUUCAAACUCUUGA